UGAAGACCCCAUUGAAGAAGUUGAACGUAAACAAUUGAUAGCAAGUGGCUUACCAAAUAGAACUGGAAAUAAAAUAAGAGAACUUUUUGAAAAAUCUGAAAGACUUGACAAUCCAGAAAAGUAGUACUUACAAAACAUGAGUUUAGACAUUAAUGAUUCUGGUGAGAGAUUGAGUAGUAAAAUCAUAAGCAAGUAUUUUACAUCAAAAUCUGGUAUGGAUGAAAGUCUUGGUGACUUUCAAGAGAAAAAGAUAAUUAACGCUGGAUCUAAAAAGAAAAAGCCAUCCAAAUGUACUAUAAAAAAAGAUAGAAAGCUCAAAGGUCAAAAAGAUAUAAGAGCUUUAGUAAAGUCAAGAAAAAAUGAGCUUUUAACAUACACUAAAGAUUUUGAUCAAGCGUGUAAGAAUUCAGGUUUAGAUGUAGACUCGGAACAAUUGCAGAUUGCCAUAGCUUUGUCUAAAUCACUUCAAGAUUUUGGACCACAGCAGGAUGAGGUCAGUAAUGAUAUAAAACCACUAACUGCCAAAGAAAGAUCAAGAAAAAUUAAAUCAACUUUGCAAGAAUAUGGGUUCAAAGUGCCAAAUACUGCUGUGCAAAAGACUAGAAGAAGAGUGACAAACAAAAAUUCAAAAUUACUCAAUACAUCAGAAUGUAUAAAAAAAGAAGUCAUAAAUAACAAAUAUUUACAAAUACUGCAAAGAAAUCCUACACCACCCGUAUCAGGUCUCGUUGAAUAUGAUCAAAGCGGUAAAGAAGUUUAUCACAAGACAACCAAUAUACUUUAUAGCAAAAUAAGAACAGUUGACGAAUUUUAUGUGCCCAACUUAAUAGAAAAAACAACACAUAGAACGAGUUUAUUGCGAGAUUGGUCAGAAAUACCAGGCAGACCACUCAGCCCCGUUGUCGAGGUUAAUAGGUUCAAAUUUGAUGAAGUCUUAUUUUCUCAGGAAGAACUAGACUGUAUUCUUAGUCAUCCAUUACAAGAAGUUCAGGAAAUCAUCAAAAGUAAAAGUAUGAUGAUUUGUGAUGAAGAUCGGACUAUCAAUAUUGAAAAAACUGAUAAAGAUAUGAAUUUGAGUAUAGAAAAUGAAAUGAAUGCAGAAACAUGUGGUAUAAUUAAUAGUAAAUUCAAUGAAAAACAUACCUGCAUAGCACAGGAAAAUAGGAGUAAUUCCCCUGAUUUGUUUGAUGAAGAUGAUUAUACUCCCACAAUACAAUUUGAUGAAGAUCAAACACAAUGUUCUGAAGUAAAAUGCAGUUCUAGAUCCAACAAAUCAUCAUUUAUGGAUUUAACAGAAUGUGUUGGUAAUACAAAUAAUAUUCAAAGAACAAUUCAUAUGGAUACAAAGUUUUUGACUGUUGAGAGUUCAAAAAUAUUAGAAGAUACAAACAGUAAAGAAAUAAGACCUGUUGUUUUUGUUACACAAGCGGAGAGUAAAAACAAAGUGUUUGAAAUGAGUAUCAAUUCAAAAGCUUCAUCUUCAGAAACACUCAGAGAAAUAAAUGAUUUCAUGGAGGUUACUGAUUGUGUUGCUUCUGAAUUGGAUUAUAACGUCAUUGACAAUUAUGGAAAUAAGAUACACUUAAAAUCUCUGGAAGAAGUAGUGAAGCAGCAUUUAUCAAAAGAAGAUCAAGCUGUGAAAGUAAACAAAAAUUUGCAAUCACCUUUGGCUUUCUCUCCGUCAAAUUCUGUUGAUGUUGAGGGUAUCGAAAAUAUAGAUCUUACACAAGGAUCAGAUAACACAAUACUGAGUUCUGAAACCAUCCAAAAUAAUGUGCCAAUUUCUGUAGAUUUAACACAGUCAUCAAAUUCUAAUGAAGACUUACCUGUUGUGAAUAUAUCUGGUAGCAAAGAGGAGUCAUUAGAUGCUACAAUUAUUUUGUAUGACAAUGAUGCAAAUACCAACAUUUUCAACGAUAAGUCGCACGAAAAUAUUAUAUCAUCAGAUGUAAUAUAUGACAAAAAUAAAAACCAAAAUAACACAAGUAUGUUCACCACAAGUAAUGUUAAUUUGGUCAACAAGGAACAUCAUAAAGUAUGUAGUGAUUCAAUUGUUUUUGAAGUCAAUGGGAUUACUGGUUCACCUAAUAAAAAUAUUAGUAAAGACAAUAACGACAUAAGCAGCAUGUCAAAUAUUGACGAGACAAUAAUUAGUGAAGAUAACAUUGAUCACACCCAACGUCCAGAAUUACUAUGUAUGAGCGAAGAUAAAAUUGAUUUGACGCAAAGUCCCCAAUCUCCUAACAAAACGCAUAGUAUUGAAAGUCUAGGCAAACAAAACAAUAUAUCUAUAGAUUAUGAUGAAUUGUAUGAUAAUAUGAUGACUGUUUCGUCAGAUAUACGAAAUAAAGAAGAUUCACUAUUAGAUGAUAGUAAUGAUAGUAUUAAAUUGGUUGAGCAAGUCAGUGAUCAAUCAGCAAUAUUAAGUAAUGACAAUAUAUUAAACAGCACUGAAGAGUAUCAUACUGUAAGUAAUAAUAUUAUAGAGCCGCCACAAACUAUAGAAGAAAAUAAUGAAAACGACACUACUACUUAUAAAUCUGCAAAUGAAGCAAACAUGAGUAUUUGCUUCAACAGAAGAGAUAGUAGUUUUUUACCUAGUGUACAAGUAAAAAAAAUAAGCAAGAUGAAAGAAAUUGUUAAAGAAACGAACCAUACAGAACUAAGCCCUAUAAAAAUAUCAGAUGUAACUAACAAAUCCUUUGGGACUCCUGGAAAUGAUCAAUACAUAAUUAAGACUCAAAAUGUAACACCCAUGCUGGAUUACGAGUCAAUGUCAACACCUGCGAGAAAUAAGGAGUUAGAAAAAUAUGGCAUCAAGCCAUUCAAAAGGAAAAGAGCAAUACAGCUCCUAAAAUACAUCUAUAAUCAAACACAUCCAGUUGUUGAAGACUGUGCAACAGAUGAUAUGCCAUCUACAUCAAAAAAGUUCAAACUUGAUGAUCAAGAGGCUGAACAAAUUUCUGAUAACACUAAAGUGCAAAUUUCCAAAGAAACAGAAGAAAGAGAUGCAGAUAAAGAGAACAACUUGUACAUGGAAACAAAAGUGAAUCCUGAUAUAAAGAAUAUUGAAUGUUGUCCUGAUGAUUGGGUCUUUCAAACACGAGAGAAAGCAAAGGUACACUCAUGCAGGGUCCCAUUACAUAUAGCGUUUCAAAAUUAUGUAUCAUGCAGACAUUUGUUGAGGACUGCUAUAUUACGAUAUGAACCUGUUAACAUCGACAUCAUACACAAGGACCUCAUUGCAAGCGGUUACAGGUACAACCCAAAGGAGCUGCUAAAGUUUCUAGACAAGAAGUGUAUCACUGUCAAGACAACAGAAAACAAUGCUCGAAAUCGAAAACAGAAUAAAUCGUGACAUAAUAUUAUUAUAAUUUAUAUUAUUAUAUUUUCAUUAAAAAGUAUU